AUGAGUAAAUCAUCGAAAACGUAUUCGUGUUCUAUUUGUACAUAUAUACAAUCUAUUGAUACAGCAAAAUGUGAAAUGUGUGAAACACCCAAUUCAUUUCGUUCAAAAUCAAAAAGAACAGAAGAUUUUGCGUAUGAUGAUACCAAAAUUGCGUGUCCUGCCUGUACUUUUGUUAAUGGCGGUCGCCAUAUUAGAGUUUGCGAAAUGUGUGGACAUGAAUUUGAUGUUGAUGACUUUCCCACUAAAAAAUUUCGAACGAAUAAACAUGACAACGAUGACGAUGUAAAGAACUCAGAUGACAACCACUACGAUGAUAAAACAUAUGAGACACCAAUGUCACAAAAUAAAGAAAAAAAACAAAAAUCUAUUGAAGCAGUAGAAAAACCAAUGAAUGAUGCUGAAUUGAGAUCAUAUUAUAAUGAAUAUAUAAAUAUUUUAAAAGAACAACGGCAGCAAAAAAAACUAUCGUCGGAUAAACAGUUACAUGAAAUUAUUUUAAAACUUUUUCAUUCACUUCAAUAUAAAAAUGAGCAAUCGGAAGGUCAGUUGGUUUUUCCAUAUUGUCAAAUUUGUUAUGAUCAAGAGGAACCUGUGAUUACGAUGAAUGCAUGCGGUCAUCGUGUGAUAUGUCCGGACGAUUUUCAUCAAUAUUUAUCGACACGGAUUCGUGAUAGCGAUCUUCUUCCGUGGAUUCCAUGUCCUGCAGAAGUAUGUAGUGUUCCAUGUGAUGCUAAAAACAUAAUCGAAGAUGGUCGUUUAACACAUGCGGAGCUGCUAUCAUUUAUAACGACUUAUAUGUUAAAAAAGUUGUCUCGUAAUGAAAAUUUUAUAACAUGUAUUCAAUGUCAACAAGGUGGUUUUCUUCAAUUUGGUGAACCUAGAAAACAAGAAGUGACAUGUCAAAUAUGUAACAUUAAACAAACCAUUGAAAAAGGAACGGAUGGAGAUCUUGAUAUUACAUUUAAACAGAUGAUUCAAUCAGGACACAUACGUGAAUGUCCAACAUGUCGUCUUCUGACUCUGAAAGAGAAAGGUUUAUGCAAUGUUAUCGAAUGUGCUAAAUGCGGAAUUUGGUGGAAUUGGAGAACAAGAGAACAAGGUCAUAACGGAAAAGAUUUAAAACAACGAGCAAGAACAAAUGGAACACUUUGGGAACCUGGUGAACUUUGGUAUCAACAGGAUUUGGAGAGAAAUAAUCCAGCAGAAUUUAAAGCUUUAUUAGAACGAAAUGGAAUUAAAUACGAUCCACAUUAUGUACGAGGUGGAUGGAAUGAGGACUAA